AGACGAGGGAUGAUGGGGAUCUGUAUUAUAUCGCGCGACUCACUCAAAACUGGCCGUGCUAUGUUCCGACAAACAGAAACGAAACCUAAUACGUGCUUUUAGAAAUCUUAAGAGUACGUGGCGGAAGUUCUGUUUGCAAUAAAACUGCACUUAAAAUUGAGAAGUAUGGAUCGUCUGUCAGGAGGGAGACAGGGUCGCGAGAUAAGUAAGGAACCCUAAUAAAAGAAACGAUAGCCGAAAAACAAAUGCGUCACUGAAAAGAACCGAUGGGUUACACCCCCAAUAAGACAUGUGGCUUUAAGAGGGGGGCUCACCAAUAGAAAACCGCAAAAAUCGAUAACCGUCUCUAGCUUUCUAGGAUAGGCGUAAACCCAAAAUCUCCCCCUUGGGCAAGAAACAUCUCGCCCAAUAAGAAUUCCCUUAAAUAAUAAUCAGAAACAUCCCGCCAACCAGAAAUCCCUUAAACGAAAACCAGACACAUCCCACACAAAAUCCACCCCUUCCACCCUCCGAACCUUCUUAUUUAAAUCGCGACAUCGCAGGACCCGGUUCAGAGAAAUUUUCUCAUCUCAAGUCCGCAUUGUUCGGUUACAAUUUAAACCUCAUUCGAAAAGCUCACGUUUAGAGUCACGUAGAGUCAGUGCAGCAGAUCCGACGGACCAGUCGCCCCAACCCACUCACCGACGAGUCCAACGUCCAUUGAGAGAAAGCGUACUGAGACGCGUUCGAACUCAUCAAGUAUGGACCCGAAAGUCCUGGCCCCUCAGGAACCAAACCUUCGUACAAUCAGGCGACAGAGAAAUCGCCAGAACAAGCGGGCGCGACGGGAGAUCGAACUCCCCCGAGAGCAGCUCAACGCCGGUCCUCCGCGACUCGCCAUCCCACCGCCCCUACCAGCGUUUACAGAAGAACCCGGUUGUUCGAACCGGAAUCGUCCCACUAACAUCCUGCCCUAUCGCCCAGUCGUCCUGCCUUUUCGCCCAAUUAUCGAACAUCGCCCUAUUUGCCGCGUGGCUCCGUUUCGCGUGGUCCCUCCUCGCGUGGUCCCCGACAACCCCGAUCCAGUCCGCUUCCUAGAACCUCCUGAUUCUCCCCCCUCUUCCCGAAGUUCGUCCCCAACCUCCUCAACUGCCUCGACUCUCGAUCUCGAGGAAAUAGGCGAUCCUGAGAUCGUAACCUUAGAUUGAUAGUUAUAAAAUUAAGUUUUACUUAUUUCAAUUCUCAUAU